AUGGGUGUUACCUCAGCGUCGAAGAAGAGAAAGGUCCAUGAGGGGAUGGCUGGAAGGGUCCAGCCAAAAAAGAAGUUCAGAAAGCAAGCCGCAUACCACAGCAGCUCCGAAGACGAGAACGAGAACGAGAAUGGCAAUGAUGACUUCACUCCUGUAAAUCUGCUCGACUCGGACGCAGAACAAGAGACAUCUACAACUCCAAAUAUCAAAGGCAAAACCUCCAAGCAAACACCAGCAAUAAAACCGUCAAAAAGGGCAGAACAAGAUGAGCGUGACGAUAAACUCGACGAAAAAGACAACUCAGAGGUGGAUUCUGAUUCAGAGGCAAAUGACGACAGCGACGAGGGUAUAACAGAUGCCGAAGACGAGUUUCCCGUCGACGAAGAAGGCGAAAAUAACCAAAAAAUAAAGAAAGUCCCGAAACGUCACGACCCGUCCGUCUUCUCUACAUCCAUUUCAAAAAUUCUAUCCACCAAACUAUCCACUUCAGCGCGCGCAGAUCCAGUCCUGUCUCGAAGCAAAACUGCCGCGCAGGCGUCAUCUGAGCUUGCGAACGAGCGACUUGAUCAGCGUGUACGCGCAAAGCUGCGUGCUGAGAAGAAAGAAGAGAAGGAACGGGGUCGGGUUCGUGAUGUUCUUGGUAUUGAGCGUGGACAGGCUGGUGAUACGGCAGAGGAGGAGAAGAGAUUACGGAAAGUCGCACAGCGUGGUGUUGUCAAACUAUUCAAUGCUGUUCGUGCAGCCCAGGUUCGUGGUGAAGAGGCUGCUCGAGAGGAGCAGAAAAAGGGGACUAUUGGGAUGGAAGAGAGAAAGAAGGCAGCGAAUGAGGUUAGCAAACAAAGCUUUCUGGAGCUUAUCAAUGGGAAGAAAGGAGGAUCAUUGAACAUCGAAGAAGCUUGA